UGUUGAUUAAUGCGCAACACUCGUCUGUCUCGUCUCUGUCCGAAUACUGGUAAAAACACCGUACCACAAAGAAAGUAAUGGGUGUUAAUCUACUCUGAUGAUGGAAAGUAAUGCGCCUGAGCUCAGGGCCAAGCCAAGAACAACAAACAAUAGAAACGGCCACUCUAGGCGAAACCAAAGCGACAGUGCCAAUAACAGAGUGGUUCGCAAGCUACCGCCUCGUGCUGGCAACGACCGCUGCAACAUCUACAUUACCAGCAAAACAGACUUCAAGGCCCAGCAGAAGCGAUGCGAGGAACUGCUCAAUUCGGGCGUUAAGGAGAUAUUCUUGCAUUGCAUGGGCUACUCGAUCACUCGCGGCCUCAACCUAGCCCUGCGUCUUAUCAAGAACUCGGAGGGCGCCUUGGGCUACACCAUCAACACCUCCACCAUACAGCUGGUGGACGAGCUGCAUCCGCUCUGUGAUGAGGACGACAUAACCUUUCGGCAGCGAAACAACUCGGCACUGCACAUCAAGAUCUUCAGCAACAACCUAUUCAAUAUUGAUGUGCCCCAGCUUCCGGCUCAGCCUGCUCUACCAAAGGUCAGCCAACGCGAGCCGUCAAAGCCCUACCAGCAGCAGCAGCAGCAGCAACAACCACAGAAGGCGAAGGCCAAGAAGCAGCCGCCCAGGUCACAAAAGCAAGAAUAA